AAAUGUAUAUUCAUUUUCUAUUCAUUAUCCAAUAGACGGAAUCCCAUCCGUUCCAAUUCCCAAUCAUUCAGCCAUGGGCUCCCGCUACAACAGGAACUACUCCUCAGCGCCGCCGCAGCAGUACUCCGGCUCCGGCUCUUCAUCGGGACCUUACACUCUGCAAUGCGAUGGCGCACCCAAAGGAAAUCCAGGGCGAGCUGGCGCUGGUGCUGUUCUCAGAGAUCCCUCUGGCAAUGUGGUUUUCAGGACCAGCCAAGGGUUGGGUAAUACAACCAACAAUGUAGCUGAAUAUGAGGCUCUGAAGUUGGGAAUGGAUCAGGCUCUCAAGUCAGGGUGCACCAACAUCCGUUGUUCAGACAGAUUCUAACCUUGUUUCCCAGCAGGUUAUGUGUUUUAAUUAUUAAACACGAAGAAAUGCAAUCUGAUUUCUGAACAUUUUAUGUGGAACCUUGAUUUGCGGUGGAGGAGCACUGUUCCAAGUCAUAUAACGUCUUAAAAGUUUGGAGUCUGAAACCUUUUCUUCUCAUACUUUACCAACUUUCUUACCUUGAGGUGUUCUCUGAACAGGUUCAAGGUUCAUGGAAGGUGAGAAGUGACAACCUUGUUCCCUUGAACAAUGAAGUACAGAAUAUGAAAAACAACUUCGAUUCAUUCGAUAUUCAGUAUGUUCCAAGGGGAAUGAACUCUGAUGCUGAUAGCCUAGCAAAUGCCGGAGUUAAUCUUCCUGAGGGGAAGAUCGAAACUGAGUAUUAUGGCGUUGGCCGGAGGUACUAGGCCAUAUGAUAUCAGAGGUGGCAGGCAUUUUGUGACACUCCAUCAUCUCUACACGUCGUCUUCACGUAUGAUUGUAUGGCUUGGCUAUAGUAUACUCUAGUGGUCUACUAAACUUCUCUUCUCUUUGAGUUAUGACUGAAGUUCUUUCUCAGUUGUAUGCAUUUUUCAAUUGCAUGUUUGAACCCACUCAAGUGAUCUUGGUUAUUUCAAGUAAUUUUCCUGUUAUAU